UCCAGCUCGCCCCCAUCCGAAUUCCUCUGUCUCUCUCGUACCCGAGAGCUCAUCGUGGGUGGGCGUCGCCUAAGGAUUGGUGAAGCCGAAGGAGAGGGAUCGGAGAAGGGCUGUCGCAGCGAUGCACGGGGUGAACGCGAUAGUGGUGGCGAGGAUGUUGACGACGGCGACGGUGGCGGCGUCUGCGGCCGCCGGCGGGAGCGGCGCCCCUUUGCUUCAGCAGCAGGGGGACAUCCCGUUCGGGUCGCUGCUGUGGUACGCAUACGUGGGGAUCUCCUGCGUGCUCGUACUGUUCGCGGGGAUUAUGUCCGGGCUUACCUUGGGGUUGAUGUCGCUCGGCCUCGUCGAGCUCGAGAUCCUGCAGCGCAGCGGAACCCCUGCCGAGAAGAAGCAGGCAGCUACAAUUCUUCCUGUUGUUCAAAAGCAGCAUCAGCUUCUUGUGACUUUGCUUUUGUGUAAUGCGGCUUCCAUGGAGGCUCUUCCUAUAUACCUUGAUAAGUUAUUCAAUCCAUUUGUCGCUAUUGUCUUGUCCGUAACCUUCGUUCUGGCUUUUGGAGAGGUUAUUCCUCAAGCCAUAUGUACAAGAUAUGGAUUAGCAGUUGGUGCUAGCUUGGUAUGGCUAGUUCGAAUUUUAAUGAUCAUCUGCUAUCCUAUUGCUUAUCCUGUUGGCAAGAUUCUAGAUUGUGCACUUGGACAUAAUGAAUCUGCACUUUUUAGACGUGCUCAAUUAAAAGCUCUUGUCUCUAUCCAUGGCAAGGAGGCUGGUAAAGGUGGUGAGCUCACGCAUGAUGAAACUACAAUUAUUAGUGGAGCACUUGAUUUGACCGAAAAGACAGCUGAGGAGGCUAUGACACCCAUUGAGUCGACAUUCUCAUUAGAUGUCAAUUCAAAAUUAGACUGGGAAGCUAUUGGCAAAAUCCUUGCUCGGGGCCACAGCCGAGUCCCUGUUUAUUCAGGAAACCCAAGAAACAUUAUAGGCCUUCUGUUGGUGAAAAGUCUUCUUACAGUUCGUCCUGAGACUGAAACACCUGUUAGUGCCAUUUCUAUAAGACGGAUCCCAAGGGUUCCAGCAGACAUGCCUCUCUAUGACAUACUAAAUGAAUUUCAGAAAGGAAGCAGUCAUAUGGCCGCUGUAGUGAAAGCUAAAGUGAAAACUAAGAAUAUCCUACCUUCUGAUGGUGACAAAUCUGAAGAAAACAAAGAACCAAGUGGAGAGUCCAAACUGACGACUCCUUUGUUAUCUAAAACAGAGGAAAAGUCAGAUAGUGUUGUCGUUGAUGUUGACAAGUGCCAAAAUAAACAGGUCAAUGAGAGUAAACCUACAGCUUUGCAACAGAAUAAUAUGACAGCGAAAGUAGUCGCUCGUCUAUCAGAAGAUACUGAAGAUGGGGAGGUUAUUGGUAUCAUAACCCUUGAGGAUGUUUUUGAAGAACUCUUACAAGAAGAAAUAGUGGAUGAGACAGACGAAUAUGUUGAUGUUCAUAAAAGGAUACGCGUGGCUGCUGCCGCUGCUGCUUCUUCAGUUGCACGAGCUCCAUCCUACAGGAGGUUAACUAAACAAAAAUCAGCAGGAGCUUUAAAUCGGCAAGGACAACAGCCCACUGGAAUCCUAAAGAAACCCACCGAAGCUGAUUUGCAUACUUCACGACAUCAAGUGAAUCUUGUGGAACCAAUAUCAGGAACCAAGAGAUAACACACUCGCCUAAAAUUUUGUCAAAGCUACGUUUAUGAUCUCACUCAUGCCACCCGUGAGUGUAAUUGUUGCUCGUUGGGAUGUAAGUAGCAAAUGUGCUUUUAACUUGGAACAUUGCUAUAUGGUUACUGGGCAUGCAUAAUUUUUCCAGCAUUUGGUCUGUAGAAGCACUAUAAAUAUUGAAGUUGGAACAAAGGAACGUUUUUCUUGUAUAUGGUGACGUUGGAUACUUGGUAGAAUUUAUGAAUAUUUUUCUA